UAAUUUUCAAAAAGUCCAACAAAUCAAAAAGACAUCAUGUAGUUCCUCAUAUUUAAUCAGCCCUUCUGUUAGUAGCACAAGAUUUACCUCUGAACUAUAGAUGCUCUCUUCAGUGGAUCUCUGACCUGCUCAUCUGGUAGAACCAGUCGUGGAUUUGUAUAGUCUGAGAGAACAGAGAGAACUAGAGACACUUUGUGUUAACUGGAGAGAGGAACGCAUACAAUACCAAUGGAAAUAUAAUAUUAGGAUACGCCUCAUAGAGUGAAGAUUAAAAGACAGAAAGUGCAGCUUUCCUGCGGUGGCCGGUUACUGCUGAUUGUCGGCUCGCAGCGCUCGGAUCCAUGGCGUAUGGAUGAGGGCUUUUCAGCUGUUAUCAACCCAAGUCUUGCCUUCAAUAUUACUUCCAAAUUGCACAACUUGUGUACACAAGGCACUCGUGACGUGUUUGAGAUAGGCAGAGAACAUUCUUCAGUUUGAGCUUCCAACACAAGCGCUUUGACGCAUUUCCAGUGCAUUCAUUUUCGAAGGUAAACCUUUUGUGCUUAUACGGCAAGGAGGAAUGAAAUGGGAACUCAGAACGACAUCCAGAAGACAUCACUUAUUCUUCACAUAACACCAUGAGAGAUAUCACCAGUACCACCAUCACCAGCAACACUUAAAAGAGAUUUCUGCUGUUUAUUUUGGCCACGAUGUCCAAAUAUCAGGAGACGAGCCUAAAUGAGAAUGUUGUCAUUCUUCCUGCAAACGAGUCCAACCCAGGGUUUCUUUAUUCUGAGCUGGAACGCAGUGUCCUGGAGUCCCUGUUCAGAGACGGUCCCAAAGCUUUCUACUCCAAACUGUCGGCACAUAGACUCGAACCCUUUCUCUCCCCAGAGGAGGUGAACCAAGUCUCCAGCUGGGUGGAAGAUCGUCACACGGAGGUCAUCGAAAACGGGGAUGUCGGGAGUGAGAACAGCUCAGAAAUGCAGGAGGUCUCGGGUCAGUAUUUCCCUGAGCUUUCAGACACACCAGCUCCGUGUCUGGAGCUCGGCUGGCCGGAGAAGGACAGAUGGGAUGGUGUGGAGCGAGUCAUGAUAUACAGAAAUCCUCCAGUGGAGCAGGCUCCUCACAUCCGUGAGGUGAUCAGGAGGCUGCUACAGGGAGCCACCAGGCUGAUCGCUAUCGUUGUAGACAGACUCACAGACAGCACAGUGAUCGCAGAUCUGCACUCGGCUGCUUUGCGAGGCGUCGUCGUCUACAUCAUCCUGAACCAAAGACCUGCACGAGAUAACCUAACACAAAACCAGCUCGAGCACCCGAAUAUAAUAGUUCGGAUUUUGGGUGGAAAUACGUUCGCAUGUAGUGAUGGGAAGAAGGUGGUGGGAGAGCUGAAGGAGAACUUUAUCCUGGUGGAUCUGGACACAGUGGUUCUGGGCAGCUACAGCCUGACCUGGUUAGACGCUCAUCUACACCGUCAGCUCGUCACGGUCCUGAGUGGCCCUUCAGUGGAGUUAUUCGACAGGGAGUUCCGCAUCCUCUACGCCGCCUCACUACCUGUUCCUGACUCAUGGAAAGCUGCCAAACCCAAGGAUCUUCCAGUGAUUGAUAAAACUCUUUACCAACCAGAACCAAAUACCCCAAAACAAGAUCUGCAGGACUGCCCACCCAGCCCUCCACCACCCACUGCUGGCUCUCCUAUCGACUGGGACACGCUCGGGGUCUUUCAGAAGACUAAGGACUCUCCAGAAGAAGACCAGGAUUUACCUGAGUAUCUUGAAGAACUGCCAAUGUUCCACAAAACGGGACCUGACUGGCAAAUUUGGCCUCCUGGAGGAGGUGUAACAGAUCCUCAUAUCAAUGAAUGUCAAGAUGAAAACAAGUUAUAUCGCUUUAUGCCUGAGCCGAGGCACACGCUGGAUCAUCAAGCAAUGUUUUGGUCCGCACAAAAACCAGAGCGGCUUCCGUACGGGUUUCUGACAGAACGUAAUGAGGGACUGGGCAUGCCCAGGCUCAGAGACAUCUGGAUGGAGAGGAAGUUCAUGGAAGAUUUUGGAUCUUUCUCACACACUCAAAGACAUGACUAUCUACCUAGCUUGGACAGGAGUAUGGGGGAAAAUACCAUCCCAGAGGAGACGACACCCGGGUCAGAUGCAGGUCCACUCAAUCAAAAGAAACCCAUUAUUGUGUGUGUUCCACAAAAUGAAAGAUCUUGGCAACUUGGUGAUAUCCUGAAAAAGAUCAGCAGUGAUCAGAGCACCAAGGGCCUGCCGUCAAACAUGGCCAAAAAUCCAAUCAGCAAAUCCAGUCUGGACCUGAGUUCACCAGGACCCGAGACUCUGCAGAGGAGCCAGAGUCAGGCCAAUUUAUACGACGGUUUCCCGAUGACUCCGGCUCUAGCGCUGAUGAAAAAACGCAACAACGAGGCCAAAUCUUCAUUUCUGAGAAGUUUGCAGCCACUGUCCAGACCCCGCAGUUUCAGCUUAGGCCUCAAGAAAUCUGCUUUCCUGAGGGAACACACCAAUGACGAGGACAAAUGAAGAAAUCCUGACCAGAUGAGUACGACCUGACGCAGAAGAUAAUCACGGUUCUGAGAUCUGGACAUCCUUAACCGUUACUUCACACCAAGCGACGACCUUUUAUUCAAUGAACGAUGGAGGAGAUGUGUUAAUAAAUCACCUGAACUAAAGACAAA